AUGCCCUUCCUGAGUACCCCGUCGAGCUCAGGAACACGGACCCGCACCAUCCAAGACGAGCUUCUCCAGAUGCAUCUACACUUUGUCCCUAACUUCCACUCCAUGUUUGUUGGCAUGAUUAGCCCGAUGGCGGACGACAUCACCAAGUUCAACAUCGCUAAUUUUAACCAUUUUGGGAUCCUCACCAGGUUCUUUGACUACUCCACAUGUAGUUCUGCAUCCGAUAAUGAAAGCAUGACAAGUAAACCAUCUCAGGAGUGCUACAUGGCGGACACGGGACACCCCACAACGACUGGAGGGGCCUCAAGAGUACCCCGUCGGGCUCGGGAACAUGGCCCCGCACCAUCCAAGAUGAGCUUCUCCAUAAGAUGCAUCUACACUUGUCCCUGA